UCAUUGCCUUCCCUCUUGUUUUUCGAAGAAAAAUUCAUUUCUUCAUGGGGAAGAAAUCAUUACCUCUGCUCUACCAAAUCCCUCAACACCGUUUCCCUGCAACUUUCAAGGGUUUCUUCUACAUUUUACCUAUAAGUUUGGCACUUACUACAUUGCUUCUCAUCUUCAUUUACAUUUCCACAAUCUCUGAUGUCUCCAACAAUCAAGACCGAACAACUCUCCAUUUAGAGUCCUUACAUGGCUCAUCAUCUGCUUCUAUAACUUCCCUAAUCGAACAAACACUCCCAGUUCCAUUCGAUAAUGAUGUUGAUGAUCUAUAUGCUGAUCCAUCCAGAACUGCUCGUUUGACAAAGGAGGGCAAGUGGUCUUUAGGAGAACUCUUCGGCCUAAACAAUGGCAACUUUAUGGACAACAAAGAGGCGUACCAUGAUGGUGAUCUCUUCUUUGAGGACUACAAGGCAAUGAAUAGGAGCUUCAAGAUCUAUGUUUAUCCUCACAGCAAAGAUCAACCCUUUGCAAAUGUGCUCUUGCCUCCUGAAUCUAAUGUCAAGGGCAACUACGCCAGUGAACUAUACUUCAAGAAGGCCUUGAUGAAGAGCCACUUCGUCACCAAGGAUCCUGGUGAAGCAGAUCUCUUCUACAUGCCAUUCUCUGUAUCACCAAUGCGAACUGAUCCCCGAAUUGACGUUGAGGGGAUCCCGGAUUAUGUCAAGAGUUACAUCUACAACAUCAGUCACAAGUAUCCAUACUGGAAUCGGACUGGUGGUGCUGAUCACUUCUAUGUUGCUUGUCAUUCCAUUGGGAAAACUGCCAUGGAUAAGUCGUUUGUGGCUAAACUCAAUGUCAUUCAACUUGUUUGUUCUUCAACAUAUUUCUCCGCAUCUUAUUUCCCUCAUAAAGAUGCAUCUAUGCCCCAAGUUUGGCCAAGAGAGGGCGACCCUCCAAACCUUCUUACAUCCAAAAGGAAGAAGCUCGCAUUCUUCGCCGGAGCGGUCAACUCUCCGGUACGGAUAGCUCUUCUAAAGGUGUGGGCGAACGACACGGAGAUAUUCGCGCACUUCGGCCGGCUCCACACGCCUUACUCCGUACAGCUCCUAGGCAGCAAAUUCUGCAUCCACGUUAAGGGCUUCGAGGUCAACACGGCCCGAAUCGCUGAUGCGCUCUACUACGGCUGCGUUCCGGUGAUCCUCGCCAAUCACUACGACCUUCCGUUCACCGACAUCCUGAAUUGGAAGAGCUUGGCCGUUGUGGUUCACCACAUCGACAUCCCAGUGCUGAAGAAAAUCCUUCAAGGGAUUGGACUGGAGGAGUACUUGAUGUUGCAGAGCAACGCGUUGAGAGUUAGGAGGCAUUUCCAGUGGAAUGUUCCGCCGGUGGAUUUUGACGCCUUCCACAUGUCCUUAUACGAGUUGUGGCGACGACGCAGCGCUGUCAGGGUUAGGUUGAGUGCAUCAAUGGAGUUUAUGUAAAUUAAAUUUAAGGGAGGUUGGAAAUUGCCGCGACCUGCUGGCUGUAAUUGGAGGUGUAAGAGCCUGUUUGGUGUGGCUGGUCUUUUUAAUAGAAGUUCUGUUAAAUGGAAUCUGUUGUGGAAGGGCUGUUUUUGAGAAGUUAAAAGUGUUUGGUAAAAUUUUUUAUAAAAGUACUUACAGAGU